AACUUUGCUUCCGGUUAAUGGUGGCAUUGGUCGCUUGGGAAGCAUUGUUGUCAUAUUUUGCUGCGGUGUUUCAAAAACAAGCAAAGGUGCAAUUUCCUAGCGUUAAUGUUUUUCAACACCGGAUUUGCAUUUUCGGUCGAAAAUGUGAGCUGAUGCAGUUCUAAAGGUAACUCGAUGCGCUCUGGACAGGUCGUCAAUGGCAUCAGCAAUGCUAGAUGAUGAUGGAAUGAAGAGAUGCGUUGGAGCAAGAAGGGUGAACCCGCAGUUGGCAUUGCUGAGAACCGUCCUGUCGAAGAGACCACCGUCGUGAUGGAGAACAUUGCUAUGAGCAGCACGGAGGCCCGCAAGCUGGACCUUGGUCUUGUCGUUGAGAAAGACUCAAUGAAAGCUGUCGAUGAAGCUGGGCAAGAAGAAACCCACGCCCUUAUGAUGGGACAGCAGUACCUUCUUGAAAGGCCAGAUUCGGAAGGGGGGCCUCAAGUCGUCAAACUUAAUGCCAACGGACAACUUGUGCCGUGCGAUAUGCUGCCACAUGUGGCACAGCUGGAGGCAGACCAUCAAAGCUUGGUUCUCCAUGUGUUGCCCCAGGGCGGAAUGAAAGAGGCCUACAACAUCCAACACUUAAGAGGCAGCCUCAUGCAUGACGAGAGGUACAUUGACGCACUGCCUGCAGCCCAAUACGAACAAGAAUUAAUGCCGGCCACGGAAAUAACUGAGGAGGAGCGCAGGGAUGCUCAGAUGCUAAUGCAGGUGCAGUACGGUCAGCAGCCAAAGCACAAACUCAACCUGGAACCCUUGGUGGCAGCCUCAUCUGCCGAGGCGAAUGUGAUCAUGAAUGUGGCCGACACCUUAAUUGUUGAUGAGCACCUGGGAAAGGUGGAGCACUCGCAUAUGGUUGUCGACUACAUGCAGCCAGUCGAUGGAUCUCACUACGAACCCAAAGGGGUUCGACUUAUACCGCACGAGCAGGAAUUGGUGGAGUUGACUCAAGCAAGAGUCGAGGAAAUACACCAGGCGCAGCAUUUAAAACCCAUGAACCAAGGUUCAAUCAUACUCAGACGCACACUGAUGGCUCCCAGCAAUGAAUCCAGACGUGAUAUUGUCCAGCAGCACAUGCAGCAACCCCAUUUGGAGGUGGGAGCCACUGUGAAAAACGAGGAGGAAGAUGACUUUGAAAGUGGAGAGGACCCAGCGGAUUCAGAUUAUGAGGCAGGAAAGGGAUCUAGAUCGUCAAAACGAAGUCUUCCGCACAAGAAACGUAUACCAAAAAAGCUGAAAAACGUCAAGUCGGUCGAGAAGAAUCUGAAGUGCACCAAAUGCAAUGAAACAUUCCAGACGCAAGCUGAGCUAACUGCACACAAGCAGCACCACAACAAAAAACCGCUCCUUUUCAACUGCGAGAUAUGCAAAAAGAGUCUUCCCUCGCAGAUCACGUUCUUUGAGCACUUGAAGUCGCACUACGAACCAGUGAAAAGCGACUUGGAGCACAUAGAACUGCAGCCGACCCAGGAUAACUCCGGAUUGGAACAGGAAGACGCAAAAUUGGUGCACACCUCCGUGAUUGUGCAGGAGCCCCCUGCUUCCCUGCCACCACCCCUUCCAUGUGUGCAGUGCAAUAAGGUUUUCAGGCGACAGAAAACGCUUGAGGCCCACAUGCUCGCAGCUCACCCACCGCCCCCUCCGAAUCAUGUCGUUUUGAAUGAUUCCGUAUUCAUCAGCGACGGAUUGAUGCCUGUCCCUGUCGAAGAAAUAGAGAAGAAAGAAUGGUCCACAAGCGCAGAACUCACCCCGAUGACUGCUGCCAUACCUGACGAACACGUGGCAGAGAUGCGAGAGAACACUGUGAUUGUGCCAGUCAGUCCUGCUGAUGAUGAGCAAAUGAUCGCGUCUAUGACCAUGCAGGAGCUGGCCGCGCAGGAAGAAAUUCCUGCACAGGGCUCCUACCACGUGUGUGACCACUGUGAAACUGGGUUCCCCCUGAAGAUGCAACUCUUGGAACACAUCCGAGAAAUGCACACAGAUGCUAAGCGGAAGUUGCGUAUCAAGAAGGAGGAGACUGGAGCGACUGCGGUUGCAGCUGCGAAUAAGAAAAGUGAACAGCUCACUUGCCCACACUGCGGACGCGUCUUCAACCAUAGAAACUCGCUUGUCUACCACUUAAAAAGCCACACUGGAGAGCGGCCUCAUCAGUGCGAGGUUUGUGGCAAAAGCUUCUUCGCGGCCAGUGCUUUGAAGGUGCAUAUGCGAUUGCACUCGGGCGAUAAACCCUACAAAUGUGAGCUGUGUGGCAGGCACUUCAGGCAGUGGGGCGAUCUCAAAUACCACUGCAUCUCGAUUCACACAGAGGAAAAGCAGUACCAGUGCGAGUACUGCGGCAAGGACUUCGCCCGCAAGUACAGUCUCAUCGUGCACAGACGCAUCCACACCGGUGAGAAGAACUACAAGUGCGAGUUCUGUGGCAAAACCUUCCGUGCCUCUAGCUAUUUGCAGAACCACCGCCGAAUCCACACAGGUGAAAAGCCGCAUCCCUGUGAAAUUUGCGGCAAACCCUUCCGAGUGCGCUCUGACAUGAAGAGGCACCUGAACACGCACAACCGUGAACGAGGUGAGAGCUCUGGUACCGUGACUACCACUGCAGUGCCCACGCCAAGCGACGGCCAGUCUUCGCAAGAGUCGACCGUGGAGGUGGGAGUGACCCACACGGAACUGACCGGAGAGGAGGUGACGCUGCCUGAUGGCUCGGUGGUGAUCACCGAAGAAAGCCUGAGUCAGCCAAUAAAUCUCAACAUGUCGAUUCCUGUCUCGGAGGAGGCAGCCGGAGAAGACUCGGCCGAGCCGUUGUCUUCAGAGCAGGCGAUCGGCGCCGAGGGGCACGAGAACGGAAUCCAGUACACAAGAGAUCCCUUGGAAACGGUGCGCGGAGACAACGGAAAUACUCUGUACGUGUGGCCAAUUUACAUGAACUAAAAUUCACAAGUGCAUUACCUACAAUUAUAAUAUAGUAGACCUUAUUUUCAACUUGAAUCAUUUUGUACUUCUUUGAGUGGUCGCUCAACCCUCCUUAAUCAAAGGUGGAUCAAAAUUUGCUCUCUGAGCUGCAAUCUGAACAAUGCUAGAACUCUUUUACUACCUAUCGUCUACGCUUGCUUUAUUGAAGGAGUUUUGGACCAUUGGUUUUAAGAUCUUGUUUUACUGACCACUGGAUUCUUCAUGCCAUUUGUUUUUACUAAUAUUUUUGUAACUUGCUGCGAUCAGCAGACCGCGAGGAUUUUAUUACUACAGGCAAAAUUUAAGUGAAUGAUGAAAGUAGCUAUUAGCGCUUUAACCAGAUGUUAAACUUCGCCCUCCAUUCAUCAUUACCCAUUCCAAAUUUAAUAUUUUUAUAAAAUAGCAAUCGAAGACUGAUCUUUGGAAUAAUCUAUGAUAAGCAGUUGGGAAGUAAUACACAUUUCUUCAUCAGAUUAUCACGACUUGUAAAUCAUCAUUGAACGAAAAAACAAUAAAAAUAAAGUUAGCAACGAAA